UUUCCUCACUCACUACUCAUCACUCAAAAGCAACAUAUAAUCUUCUAUUUAUUUUUAUUUUUAUCGUUAUGGCUUCCUCCAACGGCUCUUCUGUCAACAGCGCCGCCGGCAGCUGGACGACGUGGCAGAACAAGCUGUUCGAGAAUGCCCUGGCCGUAUUCGACAAGGACACUCCCGACAGGUGGCAGAACAUCGCCAAGGCUGUCGGCGACGGGAAGACCGUCGACGACAUCAAGCGCCACUACGACGACUUGGUGGAGGACAUCCGCAUGAUCGAGGCCGGCGAAAUCCCGCUCCCCAAUUACCGGAAGAUGCCGCGACGGCCGCCGCCCUCUGCUGCGGCGAGGCCCGCAGCCGUCGAUCACACCCCCCGUGCUAACAGCCACCGCUUCAAAGAUGAUGCAGAAAGGCCGGAGGGGUCUGAAGACUCAGUGAAUUGGACGCCAAGAAUGAAUUAAAAACAAAGAUCACAUUAGUGAUGUUGGGAAAAUGGGAUUUACUUUAUUUAUUUACAUUGCAGGGAAAUGGAGUUAGUUCAACACAGAUGUUUUGGCUAUGAGGCUUUGAGUUUCUUUCUUGUGUUUUGUUUUUGUUUUGUUAUCCUCCAUCUUUCCCUUCGUUUAAGGAUGUUUAGUCAAUAAAAUUUCCCAUUCCCUUGGCUUUUGAUAGAUAGGAAGUCCAUUACAAUUACAAUUCAAGAGUCCACAGCAUGCACGAAUCCAUCACCUUGAAAUUAGAAUGUAAUAAUAAUAAUAAUAAUAAUAAUAAUAAUAAUAAUAAUAAUAAUAAUAAUAAUAAUAAUAAUAAUAAGGUAUACACUGAACU